AUGAGAGAAGUCAUUAGUAUCAACGUUGGACAAGCAGGUUGUCAAAUCGGUAAUGCCUGUUGGGAAUUGUACUCCCAAGAACACGGAAUCAGACCAGAUGGAUAUUUACAAGAAGGAUUAGAUAGACCAAAGGGAGGUGAAGAAGGAUUUUCCACCUUUUUCAGUGAAACCGGAUCAGGCAAGUAUGUUCCUCGUGCUUUGUAUGUUGAUUUGGAACCCAAUGUCAUUGAUGAAGUUAGAACCGGUGUUUACAAGGAUUUGUUCCAUCCGGAGCAGUUGAUUGCAGGUAAGGAGGAUGCUGCCAAUAACUAUGCUCGUGGUCAUUACACUGUUGGAAGAGAAAUUUUGGACGAUGUUUUGGACAGAGUUAGAAGGAUGAGUGAUCAGUGCGAUGGUUUGCAAGGUUUCCUCUUUACCCAUUCUUUGGGAGGUGGUACUGGAUCAGGUUUGGGAUCGUUAUUGUUGGAGCAGUUGUCGUUGGAUUAUGGUAAGAAAUCCAAGUUGGAAUUUGCUGUUUAUCCUGCUCCCCAAGUUUCUACUUCUGUUGUUGAACCUUAUAACACUGUUUUGACUACUCAUACUACUUUGGAACAUGCUGAUUGUACAUUUAUGGUUGAUAACGAAGCCAUUUAUGAGAUGUGCAGGAAAAACUUGGAUAUCGCAAGACCAAACUUUAGUUCAUUAAACAAUUUGAUUGCUCAAGUUGUUUCAUCAGUCACUGCGUCCUUGAGAUUUGAUGGCUCGUUGAAUGUUGAUUUGAAUGAGUUCCAAACCAACUUGGUUCCCUACCCAAGAAUCCAUUUCCCAUUGGUUAGUUAUGCCCCAGUUUUCUCCAAAACCAGAGCCAACCAUGAAGCUAAUUCCGUUUCCGAAAUCACCCAAUCUUGUUUCGAACCUGGUAAUCAAAUGGUUAAAUGUGAUCCAAGGAUGGGUAAGUACAUGGCCACUUGUUUGUUGUACAGAGGUGAUGUUGUCACUCGUGACGUCCAAAAUGCUGUGGCCCAAGUCAAACUGAAAAAGACUGUUCAAUUGGUUGAUUGGUGUCCUACUGGUUUCAAGAUUGGCAUUUGCUACCAACCCCCAACCGCUAUAAAGGGAAGUGAAUUGGCGGGUGCUUCCAGAGCCGUUUGUAUGUUGUCCAACACCACUGCCAUUGCUGAAGCUUGGAGAAGAAUUGACAAGAAGUUUGACUUGAUGUAUUCCAAGAGAGCUUUUGUUCAUUGGUAUGUUGGAGAAGGUAUGGAAGAAGGAGAAUUCACUGAAGCUAGAGAAGACUUGGCUGCUUUGGAAAGGGACUAUGUCGAAGUUGGUACAGACUCUUUCCCUGAAGAAGAAGAAGAGUAUUAG